CCACCGCCAAUGGUGUCUAUAUGCACCUUCCUAAUCGCAAUCCCAAACUACAGCCGGUUUUGCAUUUCACGAAUUGAUAAAUAAAUACAGUACCCUCACUCACGGAUAAUUUACUAAUUUAGCUUCCCCUUAAAUUCACAUGAUUCUUGUUUCAUCCUUCUCGCAACUUCUUAUGAUCCUUGUCUCCCUCAUGUUUGAAUGCAUUUCCUUACUUUGGAUGUCCUACACCAACGACAGCUACAGGGCCAUCUAUUGUAAGGAAGGUCUCUCAAGAUAUUUUAGCAUGAAGCCAGUAGCAGCGGUUGAUGUUGAUGUUGAAGAGCACGGGAGUUAUAGGAAAGAUAUUGAGCAUGAUUUAUGGCCUCUUGGGGAAAUCAACCCAACAAAAGGAAGGUUUCCAUGUUGUUUGGUGUGGACCCCACUUCCAAUUGUCUCGUGGUUGGCUCCUUUCAUUGGACAUGUUGGUUUAUGCAUGGAGGAUGGAGCUGUGGUGGAGUUUUCGGGUUCCAACCUUGUGAAUGUUGAUGAUUUUGCUUAUGGUGGUGUCGCUCGUUACAUUCAACUUGACCGCAACCAGUGUUGCUUCCCAUCAAACCUUGCGAACCACACAUGCAAGUACCGUUACAAGCAUUCAGAAAACGGAACGGCUAUUAGUUGGGAUGAUGCGAUCCGGUCAAGUAGGCGGCAGUUUGAGCACAAAUCUUACAACCUCUUCACAUGUAAUUCCCACUCUUUUGUUGCCAACAUUCUCAACCGAAUUUGUUAUGGCGGAUCAAUGAGUUGGAACAUGAUGAAUGUGGCUGCUCUUGUCCUCUUCAACUUCAAGGGCCACUGGGUGGAUGCUUUGGCCAUCGUUAAAUCAUUUCUACCUUUUACUCUCAUGGCCUGUUUUGGUAUUACCAUUGUUGGCUGGCCGUUUUUAAUCGGUCUUCUCUCAUUUUCUCUUCUCCUCAUUGCUUGGUUUUCUCUAGCUACAUAUUGUCUUAAAAGUCUUAUGGAAUGCUAAUGCUAAUGUUAUUAUUUCUUUUCAAAAAUAUCAUAAGUUGGUUUUCUCUAGGCUCUAGCUACAUAAAUU